AUGGGUGCUCUUCUUCCACCUAAAGCCCUUGUGCUUAUUUUGCAGCUCUCGCUGCUGCUACCCAGCUGCCUCACCGUUCAUGGUGACCCAGCGCUUGAAACUCAGGCGCCGCCCCCGGAGGCACAACCACCCAUCUUAUGGGAUCCGCUGUUUCCCUUUCCCUGCUUCCCUGGCCCCAGCCCCGGUCCCCUCCCUGGCCCAUUGCGCAAUUCGCGCCUUCCCCGCCAUCUUCUCAUCAACUCCCCUCAACUCCCUCCCAUCCUGCCUCGUCCUCAUUUUGAACCCUCUUCUUGUCCCCCAGACUUUCACGGUUCUCUGCCAGCCGACGCCUUACCUCCCGAAGAGUUUAUAGUUCCUCCUUUCCCCAAGCCAAAUACUCAAGUUGUGGCUGUGCAUGGCGUUGUUUAUUGCAAGUCUUGCCACCGCGCCGGUGGGGUUGAUUCCCUUUCCGAUGCUUCACUUCUUGGCGGUGCUGUUGUGAAAGUCCAGUGCAACGACGCCAGGCAACCAUUUAUGCAGGAGGCUUCAACUGAUGAGAGCGGCAAGUUCUACAUCCAGGCACCGGACAGCUUAUCCAAGGAUGAGGCCCACAAGUGCAAGGCAUUCCUUGUUUCUUCGCCAGGGGAAAAGUUGUGCAGCGUUGCAACUGAUCUCAAUGGGGGCUUGAACGGUGCCGUUUUGACCCACAUGGAGGAGAAACCUCCUCAAUAUAAUCUGCGCACCAGGCUCAUCAAUCUCAUCGCCGCCGAAGCUAUCGAUGCAAAUGAUCCGAACAACGGGUCAUUGAAACCAUUGGCUCUCUUCACCGUUGGACCUUUCGCCUUCAAAUCAGCAGAUGACUCGAGCAACUGCCGAUCUCCCUGA